AUGCAUGUUUACAAAUCAGCAGACGAGGCGGGUUCAGACGAGUUGGGUUCAGACGAGUUGGGUUCAGACGAGUUGGGUUCAGACGAGUUGGGUUCAGACGAGUUGGGUUCAGACGAGUUGGGUUCAGACGAGACGGGUUCAGACGAGUUGGGUUCAGACGAGUUGGGUUCAGACGAGUUGGGUUCAGACGAGUUGGGUUCAGACGAGUUGGGUUCAGACGAGUUGGGUUCAGACGAGACGGGUUCAGACGAGACGGGUUCAGACGAGUUGGGUUCAGACGAGUUGGGUUCAGACGAGACGGGUUCAGACGAGACGGGUUCAGACGAGUUGGGUUCAGACGAGUUGGGUUCAGACGAGACGGGUUCAGACGAGACGGGUUCAGACGAGUUGGGUUCAGACGAGACGGGUUCAGACGAGGCGGGUUCAGACGAGUUGGGUUCAGACGAGGCGGGUUCAGACGAGUUGGGUUCAGACGAGACGGGUUCAGACGAGUUGGGUUCAGACGAGACGGGUUCAGACGAGACGGGUUCAGACGAGACGGGUUCAGACGAGACGGGUUCAGACGAGUUGGGUUCAGACGAGUUGGGUUCAGACGAGUUGGGUUCAGACGAGUUGGGUUCAGGCGAGUUGGGUUCAGGCGAGUUGGGUUCAGACGAUGCGGGUUCAGACGAGUUGGGUUCAGACGAGUUGGGUUCAGACGAGACGGGUUCAGACGAGUUGGGUUCAGACGAGUUGGGUUCAGGCGAGUUGGGUUCAGGCGAGUUGGGUUCAGACGAUGCGGGUUCAGACGAUGCGGGUUCAGACGAGUUGGGUUCAGACGAGUUGGGUUCAGACGAGACGGGUUCAGACGAGUUGGGUUCAGACGAGUUGGGUUCAGGCGAGUUGGGUUCAGGCGAGUUGGGUUCAGACGAUGCGGGUUCAGACGAUGCGGGUUCAGACGAGUUGGGUUCAGACGAGUUGGGUUCAGACGAGACGGGUUCAGACGAUGCGGGUUCAGACGAGUUGGGUUCAGACGAGUUGGGUUCAGACGAGACGGGUUCAGACGAGUUGGGUUCAGACGAGUUGGGUUCAGACGAGUUGGGUUCAGACGAGUUGGGUUCAGACGAGUUGGGUUCAGACGAGGCGGGUUCAGACGAGGCGGGUUCAGACGAGGCGGGUUCAGACGAGUUGGGUUCAGACGAGUUGGGUUCAGACGAGGCGGGUUCAGACGAGGCGGGUUCAGACGAGGCGGGUUCAGACGAGUUGGGUUCAGACGAGGCGGGUUCAGACGAGGCGGGUUCAGACGAGUUGGGUUCAGACGAGUUGGGUUCAGACGAGUUGGGUUCAGACGGGUUGGGUUCAGACGAGUUGGGUUCAGACGAGUUGGGUUCAGACGGGUUGGGUUCAGACGGGUUGGGUUCAGACGAGUUGGGUUCAGACGAGUUGGGUUCAGACGGGUUGGGUUCAGACGGGUUGGGUUCAGACGGGUUGGGUUCAGACGAGUUGGGUUCAGGCGAUGCGGGUUCAGACGAGUUGGGUUCAGACGAUGCGGGUUCAGACGAUGCGGGUUCAGACGAUGCGGGUUCAGACGAGGCGGGUUCAGACGAUGCGGGUUCAGACGAUGCGGGUUCAGACGAGGCGGGUUCAGACGAGGCGGGUUCAGACGAGGCGGGUUCAGACGAGGCGGGUUCAGACGAUGCGGGUUCAGACGAUGCGGGUUCAGACGGGGCAGGCAAAAUUGUGAGUGAGCCCACUCCUUUGGCUGAGAAGCAACCCCCCACAUGA